AUGUUUGCUUUGCAAAGGCAACUACGAGUGUGUAAUGUAUCAAGGGCCAUAGGGAGCCAAACGAGCCGUGUGGCCGUGAGAUCACUCGGUUUCUCUCCAAGGGUCGCACUACAAAAAACUAUGCCCAGCGCUCAGUCUCAGUCUCAGUCUCAGGAAACUACAGAAAUUACCGCUGCAAACGGAGAAUUGUCGGACAAGGAAGUGGACUCGUGGCUAGAGGCUAUCGAAUCGCUGAGAUCGGAAUUCACCGAGCAACAGUAUAUGCCGGAAACGUCGCUGGUAGGCCCCGGCCAGACAAAAAUCAACCUGCUAGAAGAAGCACUCAACGCCAAAAAGACCUUUGAGCCCUCAGCCGAACAGGCAGCCGAGUGGGAAGAAUUGAAAAAGGUGCCGCUUCCAAAGCGUAAGGACGAAACCGUGCAGCACGUCGUCAACAUGAUCAUGCGUCAUGGCAAGAAGCAGCGUGCAGAAAAGACGCUGUCCAGAGCGCUGUAUCUGGUUUACUGUUCCACACGCCAGGACCCAGUAGAUGUGCUCAAAAAAGCGCUGGACGAUCUAGCGCCUUUGAUGGUGGUAAAGACUUUCAAAACCGGUGUUGCCAAGGCCGCCGUCAUUCCCGUGCCGCUGAACAGUAGACAGAGACACAGAAUUGCGUGGAAGUGGAUCUCGGAAGGUGCGAACAAGAGAACCUCCAGUGACUUGUCCGUGAGACUUGGGGAAGAACUGAUAUCCGUCUACAAGGGCAACAGUUCUGGUUUCGACAAGCGAGACCAAAUGCAUAAGACUGCCAUUGCACACAGAGCCUACAUCAAACUCAGGUAA